GGGCGGGCGCGCGGCGAUGGCGUCACGGCGGCGCCGGGCGGAAGCGGCGCGGGGCGCGCGGGGGGCGGCGAGCGGGGCGCGUUGCCCGGGAGACGCGCGGGGCCAUGGCCCAGGUGGGCGCCAUCGCGGCGCUGGCGCUCAGCUUCGUGGCCGCCGCCUUCCUGUCGGCCAUCCACAAGAUCGAGGAGGGGCACAUCGGCGUCUACUACCGCGGCGGGGCGCUGCUGACCUCCACCAGCGGCCCCGGCUUCCACCUCAUGCUGCCCUUCAUCACCUCCUACAAACCACGCUGCAGACAGAUGAGGUGAAAAACGUCCCCUGCGGCACCAGUGGGGGAGUGAUGAUUUAUUUUGACAGAAUCGAGGUGGUGAAUUUCCUGAUCCAAAGUGCAGUAUACGACAUAGUGAAGAACUACACCGCUGACUAUGACAAAGCUCUCAUCUUCAACAAGAUUCACCAUGAGCUGAACCAGUUCUGCAGCGUCCACACGCUGCAGGAGGUCUACAUUGAGCUGUUCGAUCAGAUUGAUGAAAACCUUAAACUGGCCCUACAGCAAGAUCUAACUACAAUGGCCCCUGGAUUAAUUAUACAGGCAGUUCGAGUUACAAAGCCAAACAUCCCUGAAACGAUCCGGAGGAAUUAUGAGCUGAUGGAGAGUGAGAAGACGAAGUUGCUGAUUGCAGCACAGAAACAGAAGGUGGUGGAGAAGGAAGCCGAGACGGAAAGGAAGAAGGCUCUCAUUGAGGCAGAAAAAAUUGCACAAGUUGCUGAAAUAACUUAUGGACAGAAAGUGAUGGAAAAGGAAACAGAGAAGCGAAUUUCGGAAAUUGAAGAUGCUGCAUUUCUUGCAAGGGAGAAGGCAAGAGCUGAUGCUGAAUGCUAUACUGCUAUGAAAGUAGCCGAGGCUAACAAGCUGAAGUUAACUCCUGAGUAUUUGCAGCUGAUGAAAUACAAGGCAAUUGCAGCAAACAGCAAGAUAUAUUUUGGCAAAGAUAUUCCCAACAUGUUCAUGGACCAUGCAGGAAGCCAGACCAAACUUGCAGAUGGACUGGCAGAAGGAAUCCAUGACGAUGAUGGGGCAGGAACCAGUGAGGACACAAAACUGUCUCAUAACAUCAACUGAUCUUGCAAGAUUUCUAUUUUCUUUAUAUGAAAAGAAACGAGAACUGGGAAGUUCCUUUUUGUUUCUCCCUUCCUGUACUGAGAGAGAUGAAUCAGACUUAAUCCUGUCAAUCUUUUGUAUGACAAUUAGAUGCAAGGACUUUGGUAUUUACGGGGUGUUUUUUCUGGUGACUUCUAAGCAAUCAGCUCCAAAUACGUACUCUAGAUGCACCUCUCCCUGCUAAUGGUCAAAUAGACCAGUUAUUCUGGAGAGGCUAGAGGGAAGACAUCUUUGGGCAAUCUGUUCUGCAGCCAACUUAGCUAGGUACUUAAUUUUGGAGUGAGGUGGUUUGUAGCAGUUGGAAGUAAAGAAGGUUUGGGGUUUUGGAGGGAGGGGGAGUUGCUGCUACAAUUUUUUUUUCUUGUUGGAAAUUUCCAGUACUUUAUUUCAAACCCCUUUUAAAAAAAGGUGCUAGACUUUUGUACACUAAGCAUGUCUGCUUGAAGGCCCAGACAUUGUCAAAAUGGCAAGUCACUGCCUGUCGUAGGGGACACUGUGACUUUCCUAGCAGCCUGUGUGUAUGCUCCAGGCCCAUCCUGAGCGUGAGGCGUAACAAACGCAUGGAACCAUCUUUUACGGAGGGUUAAGCCAAUGUGUUUCGCCUUGGUAGGGCAGCUAAGAGCAUGUGCAGAGUGAGUUACAGAAGUUCAGCUGAAAUAUUGCAGGUUACCUGGUUAGCAUGGCGGGGGGAAUCUAAGCCUUAGACCAGGUGUCACAGAGGUUGUGGCCCAAACUAUUCAUUUUCCACAUCUUAACACUGGUUUGUUUUCCAUUUGUCAUGUUUGGGAAGGAUUAAAGGGACAUCUCUAUUCUGUAGUUCUUGCUGGCAGUUUAUCUGCUAGGUCAGGGGUCCAGGUAUGAUGAUGGAGGCAGUGUCCUGCCAGUGUCUCACUGGACUUAACAUUCCAGUGAAAUCAGACUGGGAACAUGGUACUUCUCACAGUCUUCACAUUUAGAAAAACUAGAAAGGAAAGGAUUUUUGUGUCAUAGACCCUGAUUUUGCAAAUAGCCAUGCUGGCAAGUAACUGCUUGAAUGACUAGUCCCGCAGUCAUUACUUUACAUUUACUGCCUAUUUGCAAGACCAGCUGGAUUUCAGUGCUUACAGUGUCUUAUUAGAAAGAUGAUGUUCAGGUAUGCUGAAAUGAAUGGAACAGAGUUAUUGUUUUUUCAGAAUAGACCUUGAGAGAGGAAGAUCUAGUAGCAAAGGACAUAAAUUAUACUGAAAAGUCACAGGGCAAAGGCAAGAACUUAUGUCUGCACUGUUCAAAGAGAGAAUUUCCUUUUUUGUUCAGAACAAUGCUAUACAGUGUACCUUUCAUUGCAGAACACUGACUAAUUCUUCACAUACCAGAUGCAGAGAGAUAAAAGACUUUUUGAUUUACAUGUAUGCAAAACUUUGAGGAAAAAAGCUCAGGGCCAGAGCAAACAUCUGUGUGUUUUUGGUUUUUUUUCUCUCCCACCUAAUCCAUCUGUCACCUGGCAGGAGAGUCUGUUUAUUAAUUGCUGUUUUAAUUUGCAACCCAUAUAAUAAUAUAAAAUGAUACGAGUGUAAAUGUUAACUUAGUUGUCAGGGACUGGCCUAUUGCAUUUACAAUCUGGUGCUGCAAAGCUUGCUACCUACCAUACUUGGUUUCACUCUUCAGUGUUUUAAAUACGUUUUUGGUUUUGUUUUUGUUUUUUUUAAUAAGGCAGGCACAGUAAGGUACAAAUCUGAUGAAUUUCUAGUGCCGGUUCCAGUAUUUUCACUUCUUUCUUUUUAAUUAUUUUUACUUUUGGGAUGAUGACUAUUCAUAUUUGAAAAUUCAAAAUAAGAUACCAUCAGUUACUGCUGGAGAAAAGUCCCAUCUCCUAUAGGUAUUGUUUGCGUGUGUUGGAAAACCUGAGCUCCAUAAUGAAAGCUUCAUCUCCAAACCUACAGGGGACCAGACAGCAGUCAAAAAAUUGCACCAACAGGUAAAUAGGUAAUAUUACUCAGUUUUAUAAAUAGGUUUCUGCAGAAGAUUAUGAAGAGGGAAUAGCAAAACUUUCAGCAUGAGGUAGUAGUACCUAACACUUUUGAGGGUCGUCUAGUUUGGGAUUGUUCUACAUUCAUGUUAAGAUUUCCGUUUAGUAACUAUCUACUUUAGUCAAGUAUUUUCACAAAUGAGAAGACCCAAACAAACCAAAGUGGUAUUAUAAAGUACGCUUUUGUAUAACUUUACUGUAAAACAGCAGUUUGGAAUAAAUAGGUCUUAAGGAUUUUUAUUUUUUGUUGAAAACAUUGCUAUUAAAGUAUUCCUUUGCAGGGGAAAUAUAGAAAAAGGAGUAACCAGUAUUAAUUUCAAAUGCAGAUUUUUAAACCAUCAUGGGAACCUUUAUGAUUCUUCAUGAUAGAAGAUUAAUUACUGCAGUAGGAGAGAUAACAACAUAGAAUCUUGUAAUUUAAGCAAAUCGUAAUAAGAAUUUAAAGAAAAAACAAAGUUGAAAUCGUACAGAUUUUUAACAAGCCAAAAUUCAUUCUCUUUUUUGUUCAGAUUCUUCAUUAUAUAUUUAAUUUUUUGAACCUUCCAGAAUAAAUUUUUCACUGCGUGUAAAUCUUUAUUCCAUAUAUCUCUUUAACUAACAUUUUGUCAUAAUUUCCAUAAUCAGCAAGCUCGAAAUGAAGUCUUGAAUUUUAAAACAACUUAACAGAGACAGUGCAGGUGUGUGGCACCGCAGUUAUCUGGGAGCCGGUGGCAGGAGCAAGGUAUAGCGCAGUCUUUGAUAUUCUGGUGCAUUGCAUUAAAAGCCUUUUUAUUUUGGUAUUUGCUCUGACAAUAAACUGGCCUUCGAUUUCA